UACGUGGAACUACGACAAACGACCUACUCGUAAAUGGUUGUCAAUGCGAAAUGCGGAGAAUUUCAUAACAAGAUUAAACCCGCUUAGUCACGUACACGAUGGUUAUUUGUAAAUAUUAUCGACAAGGCAAUUGCCGUUUUGGACAGUACUGUCAGUUUGAUCAUAUAAAUACAUUUGCAAACACUAACAAGGAGUCGUACAAUGAAGACGAAUAUACAGUGGUUCUCGUUGCAAAAGAGAUACUUAGUGCCGAAAGGGGAGGACAGUGGUUGUUAUCCUGUUUUGCACCGCUUAAGGACAAACCAUGUAUUCCUGGUAUGGAAGAUUUGUCCCCAGAAGAAGUACGGUGGGAAAUGUAUCAGGCUCAAAAAAAUGGAAUGGUUGAACAAGCAAAAGUACACUUUCAACAACUGUGUCAAGACGUGAAAGCAAAAAGGGAUGCUUUGAAAAAUCCCACCAGAGAAACAUUAACAAAAUUAAAAGAGAUUUUAGGAACAGGUCACAAAGGUACAAGCGAAACGACGUCUGGUAAAUCGUCUAAUUUCUCUUUUGCAACACCUCAACUUGGACUUCCAAGCAGUACUUCAUCUUCUAAUGUAUUUGGAAAUAAAACAACAUUCGGGAGUCAAAGCAAUCCAUUUAGUGGAGGUUUCGCUUCCCCUAACAACACAUCAGUAUUUGGUAGAACAACUACAACUUCGAAUCCUGUGUUUGGUAGUGCUCCAACAUUUGGCAGUAACUUAGGUGUGUUCAGCGGUAGCGGAGGUACCAGUACCAAUCCUGUAUUCGGUGCAACUACAAACGCUCCCGCGUUUAAUACAGGACAAAAUACCCAGACUUUCGGAUCGUCCGGUUCAAUUUUUGGCGGCGGAGCUGCACAGCCCGUUUUCGGACAGCCUAGUGUAUUUGGAUCAUCGAAUCAAGCGAAUAAUGUGUUUGCUAGACCUCAAACGUCACAGUCGACGACUUCGGCAUUCAAUAGCGGAGCAACGUCUCCCUCCUCUCUGUUCAGUGGCGGCACUUCCUCUCAGCCUAGUGCAUCCAUAUUCGGUGGAGCCAAAACGACUACACCCAAUCCGUUCGGUGGUUCUUCAACUUUACAAACUUCGAAUCCCGUAUUCGGAACGGCCGUUUCAUCCGGCACUUUCAAUUCUGGAAUAUUUUCUCAAGCCGAGACGGUACCCGCUUUCGGAGGAGCACCAGUUUUUGGUGGUGCCGCAACGUUCGGAAACACAGCUGCCCCGAUGUUCGGCGAGAAACCAACGUUCGGAGGGUCCGCUGGCAUUUUUGGCGCGUCUAAUACCGCAACGCCUGCUUUCAGCUCCGCUCAACCUACCAAUGCUUUCGGUGCUACCGUUUCUACACCAGCCGCGGGUAUAUUUGGUAGUGCCCAGAAUACUGCGCCUACCAUGUCCACACCCAACGCUGCACCCUUUGGUACAACGUCGUCUACCACUGCUGGUCCGUUCUCCACCGCGACGUCCCAAUUUGACGCUACCAAUACAACUGCUUUCUCAAAGCCUGCGUUUGGCAUGAGCUCGGGGACCGCUGGUGAAACGUUUGGUACCACCGUUACAUCCUCUAGUGCACCAUUUGGUACUACGAAUACUAACGCCACUUUUGGUACACCUCCUACCACUACUUCACCCUUCGCGUCGUCCACAUUUGGCGAAAUACAGACCUCGCCAUUCGCGUCUACGAACGCUACAGUUACUACCACAACCGCGAAUCCAUUUGGAGUACAACAAAGUGCUUCUCCAUUUGGAGGCUUCGCACAGAGUCAAACGUCUAACACUACAACGGUGGCCUCGAGCGGGCCGUUUGGAAAGCCAACGUACACCGCGACAAUAACGGCCAUUAUCGAUGAAAGUAUUUACUCCAUGGACAAUCAAUUAACGGACGACGAGAAGAGUAUGUAUUUAGCAGAGAAGUUUAGCUUCGGUAAGAUACCGUUGAAACCACCUACCAAAGAGGUGAGGUAACAGAACAUGGAGAUAUUUAGUGGAAAAUGUAUGCUGUGAUACUUGUUUAGAUUGAGGUGCAACAUAGGCUUCUCUUGGAUAAGAGUAAAAUGUUGGAAACACUUCCCUCUAACUAAGGAAAGCCUAAAUUGCAUGCGAAUAUGUAACUAAGAUAAAUGUUAAUGAACUGUUAAUAAUAAAUAAUAUACAUAUGUA